UCAUAAAAGAGGAAACUAACCAGAGUGAAAUGGCUGAAGACCUGUGCAAGAUAGGGUCAGAAAGAUCCCUCGUGCUGGAUAGACUAGCAAGUAACGUCGCCAAACGUAAGAGCUCUAUGCCUCAGAAAUUUGUUGGUGAGAAGUGUCUGCCCGAUCUUCCAUACGAUGCCACCACCAACUAUGAGAAGGAGAACGAGAUAAUGCAGACGCACGUUAUAGACCAGGCCAUUAAUAACGCCAUCAGUUACCUGGGGGCAGAGUCCUUACGUCCCCUUGUCCAGACACCUCCAGGUGGUUCUGAGGUGGUGCCCGUCAUCAGCCCCAUGUAUCAGCUCCACAAACCUCUCGGGGACAAUCAGGCUCGCUCCAACCACACAGCUCAGGACAGCGCAGUGGAAAACUUGUUGCUGCUUUCCAAAGCGAAAUCUGUCUCCUCCGAACGGGAUGCCUCUCCCAGCAACAGCUGCCAAGACUCAACAGAUACAGAGAGCAAUAACGAGGAGCGCAGUGGUUUAAUUUACCUGACAAACCACAUAGGUCCCCAUGCAAGAAAUGGCAUCUCUAUAAAAGAAGAAAGCAGGCAAUACGACGUCCUGAGGGCAGGUACUGACAAUUCGCAGGAUGCUUUCAAAGUGAUCAGCAGCAAUGGGGAGCAAGUGAAAGUUUAUAAGUGCGAACACUGUCGAGUCCUUUUCUUGGAUCACGUGAUGUAUACGAUCCAUAUGGGCUGCCACGGGUUCCGUGAUCCUUUUGAAUGCAACAUGUGUGGCUACCAUAGCCAGGACAGGUACGAAUUCUCCUCCCACAUAACUCGAGGGGAGCACCGCUUCCACAUGAGUUAAAACUCCUCCAGCACCGAUCUAGCCUCAAGAGCUGCGUUACUUGGAGCUGCACGAGCCACGAGAGCAACAAAGCACAAGUCAGCUGGACAGUAAAAGUAACAGGAGAAUCAAACGUUCAGAUAUCUUCUCCCACAAGAAAAGAUUUUCCUUUUGGUAGCAUGCAUUGUAACUCAGUUUUCUAAAAUGAGUACUAAAGUUUUUACUGAAAAUGUUUGAUCACCAAAAACCUUUAGUAAUAUAAGUAGGAGCUUUUGUAGUCACAUAGCUGAAAGCCCUUCCCUUAACUGAUGCUUCUUGCAAACCUCCCUUGCCAACACUGUUAACCACGCGCAGGAUGCACCACGCGGACGAGGACGCGACAGGCAGGAGUGGCCGAGCUUUCUCUCUUAACACCCUGAGCGUAGGGCUCUUACACCAGAUGUAUGGUUUUUGACUUCCUGGUAUUAGUUGACUCUUUGGGGAAAAUUCAACAACUCGACUAAAGAUGGAGGGCCCCAUCUCAGAUGACUUCACAGACAGCUGGGGUGGGACGGGAUC